GUCAGCACACUUCUCCCGGCGAAGGUGCCGGGCUUCAUCGGAGGCGCCGCCUCGGCAUCCCGACUCUAUUGCUCCGAUGUCCAACGAGCAUACCGUGGAAUUGCAGGCUCCAGCCAAGCCAUCAGUAGUGUCCAGGGACCGCUACUCCGUGACGCUGUCCUGGAAUCCUCCAGAGGGUCUACAGGCGAGCAAUGGAGAUCGCUCCAUCGUCUACACGUUACAGAUGCACGACCGCGUUCGGGGCUGGGUUACUGUAUACUGGGGCCACAGAACCCGCGAGCAGGUGCGAGACCUGCCCCCUGGAGGAUGUGCCCACUUCCGGCUGCGAGCUUCCCUUGACGACCGCCACAGCCCCUGGGGCGCCACCUUUGCCGCUAGCACAACAGAGGACCAGGUGGCGGUGGUGAAACUCGAGCGUGCAGUGGCUGCUGGCAAGACGGCCGUCGUCAAGAAAGUGCUCGCAUCCAGGCCCAGUGCAGCAGAGCUGAUGUCACGCGGUGGUGUCUCGCCGCUGGCGCAAGCGUCGCUGCGUGGCGACGCGCUCACCGUGUCACUGCUGCUGGCUGCGGGCGCAGACGCGGACAGGGCGGGAGGCGGCGCCGGCCGCACGCCGCUCAUGCUGGCUGCUGCACAGGGGCACCUUGACGUCUGCACCAUGCUGCUGGAGCGUGGCGCCAGCUGGGAUACCAAGGACUGGAGCGGGUGCACGCCGCUACACUACGCCGUCGACGCCUCCCAGCUGGACGUGGUCCGCCUGGCUCUCGACAGUGGCGCAGACAUCGAUGCUCGCGACAACCAAGGCUGGACACCCCUGAUGCGUGGAGUGUCUAUGGAGAGCAGCGAAGAGGUCCUGCGGGAGCUGGUGGGCCGCGGGGCAUCCCUGGACGCCGAGGACCGGCGCGGGCAGACGGCGCUGAUGCAGGCCGUGCUGGCGACGCGUCGUGACGCCGUCUCCAUACUGCUGGCCGCCGGGGCCGGCCGCAAGCGCAGGAACCUCUACGGCAACACCGCGCUGGACAUGGCGCGCGCCAGGAACCUCAAGGAAAUCGUCCGACUGCUGAUGAACGCUGAAGAUGAUGCCAGGAAUGGCAAGCGCAAGGCAACGCCAGAGGAGAAGGAUCUGCAGCAACAAGACGCUCGACCAUCCUCCCACUCUGCUAUGGUCUUAGCGUCAGCGAAGGCGAAAGAGGUGGCCCUCUAA